UAAAGCCUUAAAUCUUAACACACAUCCAUAUAUAAUAUGCAACAACAUUUAUUCGAAUAUAAAUGCAUAUCUAUGGCUGAGUCAACCCCUCUUCUCUCUCAACCAACUGAUUCUGAUUCUUCUCUUACAGAACCACCUCCGUUAUUAUUAUCAGAAAAACACCUUCCUUCUCUUGCUUCAACGGUUGAGAAAUGCAUUGGAGAAUUCACUUGGUCCCAAUUCCUGCAAGCAGUUCUUGUCUCCUUUGCUUGGGUCUUUGAUGCUCAACAAACAUUCAUCAGCGUCUUCACCGAUGCACAACCAUCACUGAACUGCACCGAAAAGGACGACCACGUCAGCAGCGGAAGAGCCUCCAUUAUAUCCGAAUGGGGCUUGGAAUGCGAAAACUCCUUCGUCACAAGCCUUCCGGCUUCUUUGUUCUUUCUUGGAUGCUUAGUCGGUGGCAUUGUUCUUGCCACGCUGGCUGAUUCCUCGCUAGGUCGCAAGAACAUGCUCUUAUUUUCGUGCCUUUUCAUGUCCCUCUCUUCGCUACUCGCCGCAUUCUCUAUAAAUAUUUGGGUAUACUCUCUGAUCAAAUUUCUCUGCGGAUUUGCCCGCGCUACUAUCGGGACCUCGGCUCUCGUUCUCACUUCUGAGCUCGUAGGUAACCGGAGGCGCGGGCAAAUAAGCGUGGUUGGAUUCUUUUGCUUCACCAUUGGGUUCUUGUCCCUUCCUGCAAUGGCUUACGCUAACAGAAACUCUUCAUGGAGAAACCUUUACAUGUGGACUUCAAUUCCAGCCAUUUUCUAUUGCGUGAUUGUCAAGUUCUUCGUUCGCGAGUCCCCAAGAUGGCUUCUAGUGAAAGGAAGAAAAGAAGAAGCAGCAGAGACGUUGAAAUGCAUCUCUUCAAUCACUCAGAGUAACGUUAACCUCGCAGUCAACGGAAUAUUCCCAAGCAAUGUGGAUCCGGAUCUAACCAUGAACAAUACCGAUCUGUAUUGCGCUUUGAAGAUUCUGUUGCAAAAGAAAUGGUCUUCUAGAAGGUUAUGGACGGUUAUGGCUUCCGGAUUCGGAAUUGGAUUGGUGUAUUACGGUAUGCCGUUAGGGCUUGGAAACUUGUCCUUCAACCUUUAUCUCAGUGUCACGCUUAACGCGUUAUCGGAGCUUCCGUCUUCUCUGUUGACUUUCUUGCUUAUCGAUAAGUUCAAGAGAAGAAACGCGCUUCUUGUUUUCACAGUUGUGAGUGGAGUAUUCAGUGUGUUGUCGAGCAUCGAAGGUAAAAUGUGGAAUCAGAUGGAAAUUUGGUUUGAAUUGAUAUCGUUCUUUAGUGCUUGCACGGCGUUUAACGUGUAUCUGAUCUACACGACGGAGCUGUUUCCGACUUGCGUGAGAAACUCGGCGUUGUCGAUGGCGAGACAAGCGCUGGUGUUGGGUGGGUCGAUUAGUCCGGUGGUGGUAGGUGAAGGUAGGAAGAACAAAUUUGUUUGUUAUGGAGUUUUUGGGUUGGUGAUUUGUUGUAGUGGUGUAUUUGGGGUGUUCUUACCUGAGACAAGAGGGAGACCCCUUUCUGAUACCAUGGAAGAUGAAGAAAGCAAAGGGCGUAGUGCCACGUUAGCAUGAUGGACAAAGGAAUUUUCUUUUUUCAGGUGCUCUAAACAAAAUAAUAAGGAUGUUCAUGUAUCGACUAUCGAGUUGGUUCGGUUUUGCAUUUGGUUAUGUAUUCGAAUUAUUUAAU